AUGACUAGAAGUUCCAGUCUUGCGACUGUACGCGUCAAGCGGCGGACGAUGCUUGCCGAGAAGCUCAAAGACGUGUUCGGGAUAGCUGAGAUCAAUGAAGUUGUUGCAGAAAUACCAUGCUGGUUGCUCCGUUCGAUCCUUCUUCAGGGUUACAUGUAUUUGACGAACUCACACUUAUGCUUUUUCGCACACCUGCCUUCUCGUGAAGAUCAAGUGCUGAAGUCGGGUUCGCUAAACAAGAAGACACAACGGACUAAACGAUGGGUCAAGCAUUGGUUUGUUCUCAAGAACGACGUCCUGUCCUGGUAUCAGUCGUCUUCUGAUCCCUAUUUCCCGCACGGUGUGGUCGACUUACGAUACGCGAUUUCGUGCGAAACGAUGCAGGAGAAGAGCUUCAGGAUACGCACGAAUCAGAAGGUAAUCACCAUUAUGGCAGAUUCGGUACCGAGUCGCGACGAAUGGGUAAAAGCCAUUCGCAAGGUUAUUUUCAAAGCGCAGAAUGUUGGAGAGAGCGUCAAGAUCGCUAUUCCAUACUCGGUAAUCGUAGACGUUGACCGAUCAUCUGCUAUGGAUUUCAGCGAGACAAUUGAGGUCAAAGUCAUCGAUCAGGAGGAAAAGCCAUCCGUUGGAUCCUACGACUCGUACUUCUUUGCAUAUUUCCACAACGUCUCCGCAGCGUUGGACCAGAUACGAGAUGCUGUCAAGAAGUAUAAACCAUUCUCCCACGGCAUACCGCCUAUCAAUGAAGUUGUUCAUGACACAACACAUGCAGCAGCCUCAAGCGACCGAGCCGGAUCGAUACAAGCUGAGCAAAGCAACAAGAAUGGCUAUGGGUUAAAGUUCCCGUCGUUUCUCCGUCCCUUCCAAUCUGAUAGUGGACCUAUUUCGUCAACUCCAACUCAAAGUAGUAUUCAACCAAAGGUCCAGGACACUCACUCGAGCCGGUCAAGUUAUCAGUUCCCGCCGGCCGUAUCGACCGAGUCUGCCACACAAGGUUCUCAACUUGACGUUCCAGCAAGUGGCAGCAUGAAGAGUGUAAACACGGUCCACACCUACCCUCCUCCACCAUCACCACCAUCAGAGCUUACCCCAAUUGCGUCUAGAGAAAGCUCCGGAACGACAUCUUCGUGGGGCAUGCCGAAUUGGUUACGAAGCCCUCGACGCGCCUUUGUUACCACAUCGACCUCGUCAUCCCUCGGGACGAUUGGACAGAAAGGCGUGUUUGAAGUCGUCUCUGGCCCUUCCUCUUCAUCGCGAACAAUAGAUCGUGGACUCUCGGACUUUGGUUUUAGUGUUUUGGAGCCGAAGAACGUUGCGGAGCCCGAUGUUGUCGAGAAGUUCCGUACUACGUUUGCUUUCGACGAAAAAGAGCAGUUGCUGGGAUACUUCCCUGGUUAUUUGUUCCGACUUCUGCCUACAUAUGGUCGACUAUACAUCUCGACUAAUUUUUUCUGCUUCAAAUCAAGCGGUCCGUUAGCAACUAGGACGAGGAUGCAACUACCUAUCCGCGACAUUCUAUCGUUAGAAAAGACGAAGGCUUACCGUUUUUCCUUUGUCGGGCUCGUUGUCAUAAUCAAAGGUCACGAAGAGCUGUUCUUUGAAUUCAACUCCUCAGAUCGUAGAAGGGCCUUUGUCAGUCUUCUUGAACGUCAGAUGGAGGUCGUACAGGCUAGGGAUACUAGCGGAGAAAUGCAGAACGGACACAACGCGAAACCCGAUGCACUGUUAUUGGACGAGAUCGAGCCUGCUGCAUUGUUCGGCGACGAGGACCCCAGAAUACCCUCCGAUUCCACAGCUGAAGACUUACCAGCAGUCAUGUUCACUUCGACGUCAUCGACCUUCUUGACAUUCAAGCCGCGUCACCCUCUCCACUUUACAUGCUUGACCAUAGGAUCGAGAGGAGAUGUCCAACCAUACAUCGCUCUUGCGAAGGGCCUGAUGGCUGACGGCCAUAAAGUGCGUAUCGCGACGCACGGGGAAUUCAAGGAUUGGAUCGAAUCGUAUGGAAUCGAAUUUGGAUAUGUUGGCGGCGAUCCGGCUGAACUGAUGCGUAUCUGUGUGGAGAAUGGCAUGUUCACUGUCUCCUUUUUGAAAGAGGGCAUACAGAAAUUCCGUGGAUGGAUUGAUGAUCUUUUGAAGACAUCCUGGGAGGCGUGCAAAGGUACCGAUGUCCUGAUAGAGAGUCCGAGCGCCAUGGCCGGUAUACAUAUCGCAGAAGCACUCCGAAUUCCGUAUUAUAGAGCUUUUACUAUGACGUGGACGAGAACUCGAGCAUAUCCUCAUGCCUUCGCCGUUCCUGAACACAAGAUGGGUGGAGGGUACAAUUAUAUGUCAUACGUAAUGUUCGAUCAGGUUUUCUGGCGGGCAACUGCUGGACAGAUUAAUCGCUGGAGACGAGAGACUCUCGGGAUGUCGAGCACGAACUUAGAUAAACUGGAACCACAUAAGGUACCAUUCCUUUACAACUUUAGUCCUACGGUUGUCCCGCAGCCCCUGGAUUGGCCGGAGUGGAUUCGGGUGACGGGUUACUGGUUCUUAGAUGAUGCUGAUGUUAGCGCUGAGAAGUGGUCUGCACCGAAAGACCUCGUCGACUUCAUUGAUUCAGCUCAUCAAGCAGGGAAGAAAGUGGUCUAUAUUGGUUUCGGGAGUAUCGUCGUCUCAGAUCCGGAAGCCAUGACCCGCUGUGUUGUCGAAGCCAUCAUACGAAGUGGAGUCUAUGCGAUUUUGUCGAAGGGAUGGUCUGAUCGUCUUCACCUGAAGAAGGGAGCUGAUGUAUCGGAGCCAGAAGUGCCACUGCCAUCGCAGAUAUACACUAUCAAAUCCAUACCGCAUGAUUGGCUGUUUAAACGUAUAGAGGCGGCUUGUCAUCAUGGCGGUGCAGGCACAACGGGUGCGAGUUUACGAGCGGGAAUCCCGACCGUCAUCAAGCCUUUCUUUGGAGAUCAGUACUUCUGGGGUGAUCGCGUCGAGGCACUCGGUGUUGGUUCUUGUGUCCGCAAGCUUAGUGUUGAAGCCCUAUCGGAAGCUCUCACUCUGGCGACAACGGAUGAAAAGCAGAUUGCGAAGGCACGUCUUGUAGGAGAGAGGAUCCGAUCGGAAAAUGGCGUAGCCACUGCAAUAGAAUCCAUUUAUCGGGACCUGGAGUACGCUAGGAGCCUCGUCAAGGCACCUCGCAGGAGUACCUCAGCAGACGAGGAUGAGACGAUUCGCGAGAGACAACGUCCGUCGAGCGCGUCUAUCUCGACAACAAUCUCUUCACCCCAGAGUAUUACCGAUAGUUAUCUCGAAGCCCAAGAAGCGCAAAGUGAGGACUGGAGCGUCAUUUCUGAUUCAGACGACAGGCGCUCUUCUCGUAAUAGCAGCGAUUUGCGUACACAUUCACCUAAUUCAAAGCGUAAUAGCCUUGCUGCUGUCGUUUUGUCGGUCUUGCCUGAUGCGCUACAGCCUGGCUCACCGAAGAACAACCCACGCACGUAA